GGAAACGCUCGCCUGAAGGAAAGUUAGACGACAGCAUCCCCACUAAUCCCGGUCGGUUAUCUCAAGACACAAAAAUGGCCACCACCAAGAGCGCGAAGGGCAAGACCGGCAAGUCAAGAUCCACGGCCCCCAACCCGGCCCAGAAGGCCAAGGCGGCGAAGAAGGCCGCUCUGCAGGGCACCCACUCCCACUCGUCGCGCAAGACGCGCACAUCCGUCUCCUUCCACCGACCGAAGACCCUCCGCCUCGCCCGGGACCCUAAAUACCCCAGAAAGAGCAUCCCCCAUGCCCCGCGUAUGGACCAGUUCCGGACUGUUGUUCAGCCGCUGAACACGGAGUCCGCUAUGAAGAAGAUUGAGGAGAACAACACCCUUGUCUUCAUCGUCGACAUCCGGGCCAACAAGCGUCAGAUUAAGGACGCCGUGAAAAAGCUGUGGGAUGUUCAGGCUGCUAAGGUUAACACUCUCAUCCGGCCCGACGGUAAGAAGAAGGCAUACGUCCGGUUGACUGCGGACCAUGACGCCCUUGACGUCGCCAACAAGAUCGGUUUCAUCUAAUCUGGUUGCCUGGCGUAUUCGCUCCUUCUGCUUUGCUCUGUCUACGUUGUGCACUCCCUGGCUUAUCCACUCACUAUGUAUGCCUACUGUCAUGCCGUUUAUGCACCAAGCAAGAUAUGACCGCCGAGGGUUGAUGGGGUAUUUAGGUCCCAACUGGGACAUCAGCCAGUGACAGAUGCCACCGUGGAAAUGUAUGGGUACCUCGUGAAACAAACACCCGAGUGAUAUUUUUUCGA